CGCGCUGCUUCACCGCGUCCUUGUGGGUUUUUCUCUCUCGCGUUUAUUUCCGCGCUUCCAGAAGAAAACGUUUGGGCCCAGUUGCCAAAAGAUUAAAAGUAAUUAAACAACAAAAAUCUCCCCGGUUCUUCCCUCGUUUCUCCCCUACUCCCGCCUCCUCUCAUGCCGCCGAUAAGGCUCCGGAGAAGGGGCGACUUGUGAUCGGACCGAGCGGCAUCUCCAUGAACAUGGCGUGCAUCGGGGACGCAGACCCCUUCACCGCUGCGAUACCCGCCACCAAAGUUGAGCUGACGGUGUCCUGCAGGAACCUGCUGGAUAGAGACACAUUCUCCAAGUCUGAUCCAAUUUGUGUCCUGUACACUCAAGGGAUCGCUAACAGAGAAUGGAGGGAGUUUGGCCGGACAGAAGUCAUAGACAACACCCUCAAUCCAGACUUUGUACGCAAAUUCAUCCUGGACUACUUCUUCGAGGAGAGGCAGAAUCUUCGUUUUGACCUGUAUGAUUUGGACUGCAAGAGUGACAACCUCUCUAAACACGACUUCCUUGGCCAGGCUUUCUGUACAUUGGGCGAAAUAGUUGGCUCCCUGCGAAGCCGUUUGGAAAAACCAUUGAUUGGAAUUCCAGGAAAGAAAUGUGGCAGCAUCAUAAUUAGAGCUGAGGAGCUGAGCAACUGCAGGGAGUCAGUGAUGCUUCAGUUUUGUGGCAACAAGUUGGAUAAGAAGGACUUCUUUGGGAAAUCGGAUCCAUUUCUAGUGUUCUACCGCAGUAAUGAAGACGGAUCCUACACCAUCUGCCACAAAACAGAAGUAGUGAAGAAUACUCUGGACCCAGUGUGGCAGGCCUUUAAAAUUCCUGUCAGGGCGCUGUGCAAUGGAGACUACGACAGGAGCAUUAAAGUGGAAGUAUAUGACUGGGACAGAGACGGAGGCCACGACUUCAUCGGCGAGUUUAGCACCAGCUACAGAGAAAUGUGCAGAAGCCAGUCACAGUUCCAUGUCUACGAGGUGCUUAAUCCAAAAAAGAAGGGGAAGAAGAAGAAGAAGUACCUAAACUCAGGAACGGUUACCCUCCUCUCCUGCCUGGUGGACACCGAGCUGUCCUUCCUGGACUACAUCAGGGGCGGGACACAGAUUAAUUUCACGGUGGCAAUUGAUUUCACAGCAUCAAACGGUAACCCAUCCCAGCCCACUUCACUCCAUUACAUGAGUCCUUACCAACUGAAUGACUACGCCAUGGCACUGCGGGCAAUCGGAGAGAUCAUCCAGGACUAUGAUAGCGACAAGAUGUUUCCUGCGCUGGGUUUUGGUGCCAAGCUCCCACCAGACGGGCGUGUCUCCCAUGAGUUUCCGCUGAAUGGUAAUCCACAGAACCCAUACUGUAAUGGCAUUGACGGGGUAAUGGAGGCCUACUACCAGAGCCUAAAGAGUGUGCGCCUGUAUGGACCCACCCACUUCUCCCCUGUUAUUAACCAUGUGGCCAGGUAUGCGUCAGCAGUGACAGACGGCUCACAGUACUUCAUCCUUCUCAUCAUCUCGGAUGGUGUGAUCACUGACAUGGCACAGACUAAGGAGUCCAUAGUAAAUGCUGCGUCUCUGCCCAUGUCGAUUAUAAUAGUUGGAGUUGGACCAGCAGAAUUUGAUGAAAUGAUUGAGCUAGACGGUGAUGAAGAGAGGAUCUCAUCCCAAGGACGAUAUGCGGAAAGAGACAUUGUUCAGUUUGUUCCUUUCAGAGACUACAUUGACCGGCGAGGAAACCACAUCCUCAGCAUGGCUCGCCUGGCUAAGGAAGUGCUAGCCGAAAUCCCUGACCAGUUUCUCUCCUACAUGAGGACCCGAGGGAUCAAACCUGGCCCUCAGCCACCACCUUACACCCCCUGUCCACCUCCAGCAAUCCACCCCCUUCAUACCAGACGGGAAUGUUUGGCUGCAAUGGGUAGCCCUGACUUGGAUGCCUCCAUGUUUUUGGCGACGGGACUUUGCUCUUGGGUAUUUGAAGGGUUGUGGUGGUUUGAAAUCACCGGACUGUACAGGGAGGAGAUAUAAGGAUAGCUUCCAGGUUCAAUGAGCCUAAACUAGUGAGACUCUUUUGUCGAAAACACUGUCCAUUCUUCUUUAUUCUUCUGUAUCUACUUUCUCAACCUCUCACAAAAUCUCUUAAAUGUUUACAUGUGGAAAGUUGAGAGGUUUUUUCAGGUGAAAUCAAUUUAUACCGAUCAGUGUGAAAACCUUUCAGAUUCCUAUUUUUCAUCUGCAGAACCAGGAGGUUGUGAAUUUAUUCAAAAACAUGUAGGCCCUGGUGCCAUUUUCUUUUUUCCAGUUUGUACAGUGAAUAUCCGAUUCUCUUUAAAUAAAUAGAGCAUGUUUUAGUUUAGGAGAAGCAUGUACUGUUGUCCCACACUCAGGGCUUGUUCCCUCCACACCAACGCACCGCUGCCGCAAACACUGCCGCUGCAACAGUUCAACACAAAUCCAUUACCGCCUGAGAUCUUCUCUCCUUCUGCUCCGUCCACCUGCCUUGACUCGAAAGGAAGCUGUGCUCCCUGGAAGUCCGGUCAAAUCAAAUGCAACAGGGACUUAAAACAGCCUUACUGGUAUGUCAGAAAACAUUCACAAGCUCCCCUGUUCACCGUGGCUUCUGGAAACGAGGAUCUCCAAGCCCAGCAGUCAAAAACACACAUCUCAUUACAGAGUCUGACUGUGAGCUGCGAUCUACAGCGUUAUUUUUGUGAAAAUACACUGCACUUCAGAAGCAUUGUUUUGUCUUUGUCACGUUUCUCUACCUCUUACUUUAUUCUGUACAAAAGUGUGUUAUUUAUUUUCUUGUGAAUAAGAAGUCUUAUUAGUGACGUUAGUCAGCCUGGGUUACCUUUCUCAACAAUUAUCCAAGAUGAUUGCAAAACUGCAGGUUCAGACCUCGCAUGUUCGUUGAUAGAAGAUCAGGUGACUCAGGUCUUAGUGGUAGCAACACCCUCUGAAUAUGUGCAAAAAAACAGAUAACCAACUGAUCAAACUCCUUGUCCAAUAAUAUUCGUAUAGACAAACGGAGGGACUCUGAGAACAUAUGUGAAGUGCGGUGAACAUGUUUUUGCUUUUAUUUCCAACUUAAACAUUUCAUAUCAUCAAAUAGAUUUUAUUAUCAAAGAUAACCUGAGUAAAAAGAAAAAUAAUGUGUUUUUUCAAAUAGUAAAUUUCUUUAUUAAGGGACACAUUAUCACAAACCAACUUGGCCCAAUGUGAAAAAGUAAUUGCCCCUUAAACCCUCCGUGGCAACACCUGCCCUCAAGCAUUUGCGAUAACUGGCAGCAAGGCAGUCACAUCGGUGUAAAUUAAAUUUAGCCCAGUUUGUUAUACAAAAUUGUUUUAAUUUAGCCACAUUGAAAGGUUACAAUUAUAAACAGCCUGUUUAAGGUCAUGCAACAUCCUAUAAAUCGGAUUAAACUCCAGACUUUGACUAGGCCACUCUAAAAAACAUUUGUUCGUCAUUUUGGAUUACUUUAGCCACUCAGAAGUGAAUUUGUUGAUCUGAUUUGGAUCAUUGUCUUGCUGUGUAAUCCAAGUUACACAGCAUGACAAAGUUUAGUUGUUCUGUGUUUUUUUUGUAACCUCCCAGAAAAAGUCAUCAGUGUGCUCUUGGAGUUAUUUUGGUAAGCUGUCCUUUCCUGGCUAGGUUCACCACUGCUCCAUCUUUUUUUUAUUUGUGGAAAAUGGCUUUCACAGUUCACUGGAGUCCUGAAGCCUUGGAAAAAAGUUUGUAACCCUUUCCAGACUAAUAGGCGUAAAUUAUUUUGUUUCUCUUUUGUAGGUGAUAUUGCUUCCAUCUCGACAAGAUGUGUUCCUUUUUGAGAUAUUUUACCCUACUUCAUGUUGUGAGACAGAUGCUAUUUAGGUGAUUUCUUGAUUCUACAGGUGUGUCAACAAUCAGGUCUGGAUGUGGAUACUGGAACUAAACUCAACUCCCCAAAAAAACUUUAACAAGAGGGGAGAUAUAUAUUUUCCCAUAGGGCCAUGUUGGUUUGGAUAGCUGAUUUCACUUGAUAAAUAAAAUUAUUAUUUUAAAAAAUGUGUUUACUCAGGUUCUCUUUGCCUAGUGUUAAAAUUUGUUUGACGAGCUGAAACAUUUAAGUGUGAAAGCAAACACAGAAGAAAUUUGUAAGGGUGACAAAUUCUUUUUAAAGCAUUGUAGCACUCCUCUGAGGAGUGGUCUAUAUAAAACCAAUGUGCCAGUAUCAAAUGUUCUGGAAUUCAAGUGGCUUUAUACAUGGUGUUUAAAAGGGUCCCAGAAUAAUUACAACAAAAUAAUAAUUUGGAGGAAAUCUGUCAGUGGAUUUUUAUUAACCAGGGUUUAUUUGUUUUUGGCUGCCUUGUCAGCAAAUAAAAGUGACACAACAUUUGGAGCCACAAAUGAGGGGACCAGUGAGACGCAAAAGCAGGACUGCAAGCAUGUACUUUGUUUCUUAAAACAUUUCCUCCUGCUAAAUAUAAAAUAAAUGAAGGAUUGUGAGGUCAUUUUGGACCCCUGUCCAGUGCAAAUACCAAACUGCACUGAGCUGAACUGUGGCAACGCGGGAAACACAAAGUGCGUAACACUUGUCCCAAACAGACCCUGCCUUUACGUAACAGCAAGAGAUUUCUGAGGAAUGGAAACACAAUUCCUGUUACUCUAUCGAGUUGUAUGUGUUCGUCUCAUUUUGUUCAAGGCCGUUCUGUUUGUUGUGUGUUCAGGCAGGCACAAUCUGUUUGUGAAAUUAAGAUAGACUAACAGGCCUUCAGGUUAGUGAGCUUUCAGGGACCAUUGUGGUAAUCCAAGAUUGUCAAAGUGUUCAAUCCUGCUUGCAGCCUCUAUUUUUCACUCUCCCUCUUCCUGCAGAAAAUGCUGAAUACCGACAUGGUGGGAGAAAAGCAAUAAACCUGGGUUUGGUUUAAAUGUACCAGCAGAUUUUCUGAACAUUAAAAACAAAUUCUUUCAAAGUUUAAGUGUGAACCUUUUAAACACCCUGCAAGCUUUGUGACAGCAGCAGGUCUGCACUUAGAUUCAGACAGUUACAUUGGACUCCGUUGGCAGCCUCUAUGUUUACCUUGUGUCCAGCAUAAGAUUAUGACCGACAGCUGAAGUGAAUACAUUUCAGUGAAAACCCCCUAUCUGUGCCGCUCCCAGGCUAAAGUGCUUAAAACAAAUCUCACAGAUACUUUUAAUGUUGUGGCAUAUCCCUGUGUAUGAGAACCAAUUUUAUUCACUGAGUUGUGAUGGGUAAUCUCCAUCUAGUAUACACCCAUCGCCAUUUUAUCUCAACCUAUUCAAGUUCUGUUUUGUACCCAUGUACUAAACUAUAAAAAUACUUAAAUCCCA